UUAUCACGGACUACCAUCGCAACUACUACAACAACAACACCAACACCAACUUCACCAACUUCACCACCUUCAGCAAUAGCAUCAUGAGCCCUUGUUACCCCAAGCCCCUCUCGUCUUCCUCACCUCGCAAACCAAUCAGCGCCGCAUAUACUCCACCUUUGCCUUCCUCUUAUCACUCCUCCACCACCUAUACUCCAUGGCCCUCCAACAUGUCACACAACAGCGCCUCUUCAUCCUCGUCAUUAUCAUCCUGCUGCACCACACCACAGACGCCAAAUACGACCAUUGCAACGACCCUCGCCCUAGCCGCUUUGACCGAAUCAACGGACUGCUAUGAGGAGCCCAUGUCCGAACAAAAUCCGCUGCCAGAGCUCAUCAAUGGUCUCACCCAGGCCGAGAUCGAACGCUGUAUCAUCGAGUCGACGCUCAGGGAAGGCAUGAGUUCGACUUGCUGUCAAGAUCUAGUCCCUCAAGGGACUGUCCUCUCUGCAUUGCUGGACAAGAUCGCGUCAAUUACUUCGACAGGGACACCGAUAAUGUCUCCAUGUAAGGGAGGCUUUCUCCUCACGGACAGCCCAGCUGCAUCGAUUGCAUGUUGUGCCGAACACGCCAAGGUUCUCGAGAGGUCUGGUAGUAGGAUCAGGGGCAGGAGUACGAGCACGGGCAUCAGUGACUGCAGCUACAGCAACAACAGCAACAGCAACAGCAGCAGAAAUGACAGCAGGAGUGGCAGCUGCUGUCUAGCCAAUGGCAUUGACAGUACGAUGACGGAUGUACAGGAACUGAUUAUGACCUGUAAGGCAUCAUCUACGACACAGCAGCAGCAGCAGCAGCAGCAAGAAAGAAAACAGUGUCAGCGUCAACAACAACAAUACCAACAACAACAACAACAACAACAACAACAACAACAACAGCAGCAGCAGCUACUAGAAGCCAUUGUGGCGGCAGCUUCAUCCGAGGUAGCCAAUGAUGGGAUGGUAUGGAGCGUGGCCUUGGACGAAAAGACUCCCACGGCUUUGUGGUCGUCGCAGGCGGGAGUAUCGUCGUGCUCUCACCCAUCUCCAGUGACGCAGAUUCAGGGGUUUCAGGAACAGGGCAUGGUUGCACCAGGGCCUUUACUGUUUCCGACGGGUUCCUGCUCACCAUUGGCCAUGACAGAUGGGUAAGUGUAUAACAGCAGAGGGGCAAGAGGAAGAAAAGGCUAUUCUUUACGUUGUCUGUAUACACAUUUUCCUGUGAAC